CAUCGCACUAGUUCAAAUGUACUGGUGUAUUUUAACGUGAAACUCCAAACACUAUUGUGAACUAGGACAGGAUAGUCCACUCUUCUGUACAGCCGAAAGUGUCACCACCUUAUUAAAUACCAUAUCAUGAUUUGCGAAAUCAUGAUGGUGGAUCACACGUGAAUAGGCUCCGAUGGCUAAGUUGACCAUGGAUCAUUUACUUGUUAAUUGCAGGCUAACGUUUCAAUGUGCGUCAGUCCAUUUGCUGAUUUACAAGACGUUUUUACCCAAAGCCUCGAGUACAAAUGGAACUUGAGUAGUAGGCUGCUGCAGAGAACCCCAAGUGUAUCGUUUCACAGUAUUGCCGUAGUACCACCUCAGCUACCAGGCGCGGUGAAAACGAUUGGAUCAAUGUCUCAAUAGUUUAAGCACACCAAAACAUCUCGAUAACAAUGUAUGAUGAACACAAAUACUAUACUACAGUGCAAUAUACUACCGUCUAAUUUCCUCAACAAUCUUCACAUGGUCUUUACAGAAUGUGCCUGUGUAGCCCAGGUUUUGGAAGGCCAUCUUGAGGGAAUUAGAUAUGAAUUAUCGAUACAUUUGCAUUCUUUCCACGUAUGUACAUAUUAAUGAGAGCAUGCUACACAAUGGCUGUUGUUUUUUUAAAUUAUGAUUAGUAAUCAUGUGCCGUUGGCACCACUGUUGCAGCUGUGCAGUUUGUCUCGUGGCUGCAAUGUCAUCGGGCGCGCGACUUCAGAGUCAGUCCUUUGGUGGAGAGGCGCGAAAGGAGAGACUAAAAAAAUAUAUCUAAAAACAAGUCCAACGAAGUUUAUGAUUUGAGUUGAAUGCAACUAAGUUAUCAAACAGUAGAUUAUCAAACUCGAAAGAAUGUAAACUUAGAUUGGAGCAUCAAUCGAAUAAAGACUUCUGAAUUGGAUAUCCUGGCUGGUUCUAGCUGUUGAAGACAAGCUAAUGAGAUAAAUAAAAAGUCCUCACGACUAAUGCAUUCCCCAUCACCAACAACAUGGACAUUCACUAACGAGUCCGGCUCAUACUGCGCAGUGUGCUGUAGGCCACUGUCAGUCUUACAGUAAGACCUGUGUCCUUGUAGGUUCCCAACUAUAGGGGAAGGAGAGCAAUAGGGAGACCAAGAUUUCCCCAACGUCCGGUCCACAGCCACACACUGUGUUUUGUAUCCCCCAUAAGAGUCCCUUUUUAAAGUCCCUCGUACCCCAGUUGUGUAUUCUAAAGCAGUUACGUUUUUCGGCAAAUUAUUUGUUUCUCUAGAAAACGUUUGCUCGUUGUCAACGCCAGCAAUUUUAGACACUAUUGGGGGCAAAUGGCACAGACAACAAGGUGCGCACAGCUCCUUCAGCGAGGCCAACGACAGUGAUUUGAGCCGGCCACAAAAAAACCCAGAGUGCCUUCGGUCCACAUACCGUCUUGUUGUGAACGUUAAAAAGGCUGUUUGCAGCCUGAUUUACUUUUAGAACGCAGAACAAUUCCAACGCGGAUGUUUUGCCCGUUCUUCACCGGGCAGAAAGCACAAACUUGCGAACAGAUAGCAGCAACGGAGAAACCCCGGGCCGGGGGUUGAGUCUACACAGUUCUCAUGUCGUAUUUAAACACAGCCCUCUGAUCGCCGCAGCGCUACUCAACAGCAGAGAGCAGCGUUGCACAUUCAAAUUUCACACGCCCCACGAGUGUUUUAAACAUGGCAGAAGUCGCUCCAGCUCCCGCUCCAGCCAAGGCACCCAAGAAGAAGGCGGCAGCCAAGCCCAAGAAAGCUGGACCCAGCGUCGGCGAGCUGAUCGUCAAGGCCGUGUCCGCUUCCAAGGAGAGAAGCGGCGUGUCCCUGGCAGCGGUCAAGAAAGCCUUGGCGGCCGGCGGCUACGACGUAGAGAAGAACAACUCCCGCGUCAAGAUCGCAGUGAAGAGCCUCGUCACCAAAGGAACCUUGGUCCAGACCAAAGGAACGGGCGCGUCUGGCUCUUUUAAGAUCCACAAGGAGGCGGAUACCAAGGCAAAGAAGCCCGUGAAGAAGGUCGCCGCUGCGAAAGUCAAAAAGGCAGCCGCCAAGAAACCCGCAGUUGCUAAAAAGUCGCCCAAGAAGGUCGCUGCGAAGAAGCCCGCGGCUGCCAAGAAGCCACCCAAGAAGGCUAAGAAGCCCGCGGCUGCCAAGAAGUCAACCAAGAGCCCCAAGAAGGUGAAGAAGCCCUCAACUCCCAAGAAAACAGUGGCCAAGAGCCCCAAGAAGGCAACUAAGGCAGCCAAGCCUAAAGCCGCCAAGCCCAGGGCGGUCAGGGCAAAGAAAGCAACGCCUAAGAAGAAGUAAACCUUAGUCCGCGUCUGUGACGGUAUCACAAAUAAAAAAAGGCUCUUUUAAGAGCCAACCACCUCUUUCCUGAAAAGCGCAUGUCCAUGUUGUUUGCCCCUGUACCAAACACGUUCACAGACAUGUUGGUGUUUCAUCGCUCAGUUAACUUGUAGACUUUGGAACUUUAUUACAGGCCACUUCUG